GCAGGGGGAGAAGGAGGAGGGCCAUCAUCAGGCGUUGCCUCCAAAGCCAGGGCUGCCUGGCGUCCGUGACAUCAGUCCCCCGCUCCCUUAUAUACGUCGGGGAUGGUCCAGGGCUCCCUUUAUGGUCCAGAGGCAAAGCGGUGCCCGAUCUCUCCCUCUUUGCUCUCUUCUCUCAGCCCCAUCUCUCUCCCUGAUCUCUCUGGCUGAGCCACGGCUGGUCCCUUGUUGCAUGGACUUUACUUUUUAGAGGGAGCGAGCCAGAGAGAAAGAGAGAGAGUCCGGAUGGCAGCGAGGAGGAUGCUGAAGAUGCAGCUGGCGUGCGCGAUGCUGCUCGCCUUCGCCUCCUGGAGCCUCUGCUCAGAUUCAGAAGAGGAAAUGAAAGCCUUAGAAGCUGAUUUAUUGACCAAUAUGUAUACAUCAAAGGUAGAUAAGGCAAAGCUUCCUCAGUGGAAAAUGACUCUUCUAAAUAUUUGUGAACUUAUUAGUAACUUAAAUAACCAAGAAGAGACAGCAGGUGACACAGAAGAAGAUGACCUCAUGACAAGGCGACCACUUCCUGCUACUUUUGACGGUUUCACUUUGGAAGCCAUGUUGACACUAUACCAGCUUCAAAAAGUCUGUCGCAGCAGAACUUUUCAACAUUGGGAGUUAUUUCAGCAAGAUAUUUAUGACCCAGAUAAUUCAAGCCAAGAUAAAGAUCUGAUGAAGAGAAAAACACCUUACAUUCUGAAACGGCAGGUACAUGUUAACAAAGCCCGACGACCAUACAUACUGAAGAGGAAUUCAUAUUACUGACCCAGCAAUUAAAGUAGUGUUUAGUUUUGAGUAACUGUGCUUUAUGGUUACCUAAUUUCAACCUUAAAUCUUAUUUGUGUGGAAAAUAUAUUAUGAAUCGUGAUCAAGAUGAUAGCAUAAUUGUGUCUUCUUUUUUUGCCACUGUUGUUUCCUGAUUGUGUUUUUAUUCCUACUUUAAAUUAACUGGACUAAUACAUUUACAAAUAAAUCUAGUUUCUAAGCAUUAUGCAUUGUACACCAAUGAGAAUUUUAAAGAAUUGGCAAGAAUGCUCACUCUAUGCUGCAGAGACUUCAGGAAAUAUAAAUACAUGCUUGUGCAAAACAUUCAAGGUUGUUUCAUAAUUCAAAGUGUGAUGAAUUAUCUAGAGUUGGUAAGCAAGUAAAUGGCAGUGAAAAGCCUUUUAGUAUUCAUGAUGUUGAAUUAUUCCCAUAAAUUACUAUACAACCUGCAUUUUAAAAUCCUUAACACUCAAAAUCCAUUUAUCUGUGGAUUCAGCUCAAGGCCUGAAUUACAUACUGUUUUAAAGUGUGUAGUAUGCAGGUUCAAGUGACUGUAUUUUUAACCAUGUUAAUAUCUUGGGAUGUGAUCUAGAUUGAGCCCACUGUACUGGGGUGGGGAGGUCAACCCUGCACCUGUUUGUUACACAAAAUUACCAUUGGCUUUAAGACAAGUAAUAACAUACCUUCCAUUGAUGUCAAUGGAGUUUCUACUAUUUUUAGACACUGUGCAGGAGGGGCAGGCUGCUGGGAAGGUCUGAAGCCCCUCCAAAAACACAAAGAGUCUGCUCUAGAUCCCCCCCCAGUAUUUAUAUGCUUUAAAGCAGUAACUUAAGUAACUUAAACUUAAUUUCAUUGAAAUGAAUUGAACACAAAGGAAACUUAAAAUAAAAUAAAAAUACAGUAAAAAUAUGACCUUUAAUAGAUCUUUCUUAUCAAUCAGGCAAUUUAAGGAUUUGGAACAUUACCAGUUGCAUUUCCCUUUAUUCAAAAUGGGAGCUAGGUCAUUAUCAUUAUUGUUGUUCACUCCAGAAAAGCAAUUUGUUACAUUACACAUUAUAAAUAUGUUAAUUUCAACAGUUUCUCAGUUUUUUAAAUAAUUACAAUUUGUCCUGAAAGGACUCCCUCCAGAAUCCAACAAGGGAUGCAGAUCUCCACAACUACUAUCCUUCUCCUCCAUCAUCAUCAUCCUGUGGGAACCUAAAAGUAACACUGGCCUGUUACAGACU